AUGGCAGGUCGGCGGCUUCUCGACGCCGCAAAACUGUUCAAUGCCUCUCGCUCCGUCGCCAAGCAGCAUAUUGCUCUCCGGUCACAGCAACUAGAUGUCUACAGCAAGACCUCUACGCUCGCAAAGGCCGUGAAGAAUCAGACCGACCGCGUCACGCUUACUGCUCAGGCAGCGAUAGCGCUCUCCCAGCGCUUCAACGAACCUCCACCGUCUUAUACCAACUUCGCUGCACAGAAAGAGCAACACACGCAGCCUCAGGAUGGAGCUGUCCCUCGGAGUGACUCGGUGACAGGAAAGUCAGGAGCCGAAGUCCCAAAAGAAGGCCUACAGCAGGACCACCACUAUGAUCGCUCACCCGACACCAAUCCCGCUCAGCCUCCACCGGAGGAAGAGCUUGGUGUCAAGCAGGAAAAGCCAGCCAGAAGUCCGUUACCAGAUGGCACAAUCCCUCCCCCAGAUUCUGAGCUCCACAGUGCACCUAGUGGGAAGGAUACCUACGGCAAAAGACCACAAACUGAACCACUGCGGGAGCCAUUGUCUGAGCAACAGCAGGGUGACAGGGAGGGUCUUCGGCCCGUGGAAUCCGGAGCUUCAACAAUCCCUACUCCAGCAGGAACCAAGUAUCAACAUUCAGCAGAUGAGACAAGAAGGCUUCAGCGCCAAGCAGAGUUCCAUAUACCGUCGCAGACCGCUCAGCCGCGAGCGCAUGCCACUCCUACCGACAACACCGGGCUUUACGCAGGUCAUGAUAAGGACGUGUAUUACGAGCCAUCCGCCGAUACUCAAGAGCAUUACUCGUCGCUACCUAGGGCCAAGAUACCGAAGCAUACUGAGAACAUACAAAGCAGCGAUGAGCAUGUGCAAGACAAUCAGAUCAACCCAGAUGUAUACUACUCCCCGAAGGGACGGCGGCAGAAACAACAGACUCUAGAGCAAGACCACGACGAUGUGCCGGAGGAAGUCAACGUUAACGUCUUCCGGUCCUCAAAGGUAUCGAAGAUGCUGGGUGGGAAAUACUACAGGGGCGCGAAGGAUCGGGAUCAAAGAGUUAGAAACACGCAAUGGCCUCCAGUCGACCGAACCGUACCUUCCGCAGAGCAGGGGCAAGACACCUUCAGUGUCCGGGAGUCGGGGUCAACUUCUUCAGCCAAGCUGGAGCAAAACGCACAACAAACCUCCACCAUCACCCCUUCGCAGUCUGACGAAGAUGUCCACUCCCUAGCAGCAGACAUAGCAAAUGAUACCACAGCUGCUCCAGCAGCAGCUCCUGAGCUACCAGCAGACGUGGCAACUGCACCUGAGAAGGCUCCAUAUCAGAUGCGUGAAUCACGCGUCCCUUCCUCCAGGUUUGGUCGACUUUGGCAGUAUGCUGGAUUGGGUACUAGCAUGGCCUUCGGCGCUGUCGGCGAGGGCCUACGACGCGUCACUGGCGGCGGUAUGCCUGGAGGCUCAUUGAUGCUUAGUGCUGGCAACAUGGAAAGGCUGGUUGCGAAGCUGUCCCGCAUGCGAGGAGCGGCAUUAAAACUGGGCCAGAUGAUCAGCUUCCAAGACAUCAAGAUGCUUCCGAAGCCGAUUCAUGAUGUUCUCCAAAGGGUGCAGGACAGUGCUGAUUACAUGCCCGCGUCUCAGCGAAACAAAGUUCUGGCCAGCAACCUCGGCUCGGAGUGGCGGGAACUGUUUAGCUCCUUCGACGAGGUUCCGAUGGCGGCAGCCUCUAUCGGGCAGGUACACAAAGCUAUACUCAAGUCUACUGGGCAGGAGGUCGCUGUCAAGGUCCAGUACCCAGGCGUUGCCAAUUCAAUCGACUCCGACCUCAGCAACCUGUCAAUCCUACUCACAGCAUCUCGACUCCUACCAAAAGGACUCUACCUCGACAAAACCAUCGCAAACGCCCGCACCGAGCUCGCCUGGGAAUGCGACUACAUCCGCGAAGCCGAAUGCCAAAUGCGCUUCCGAGAACUAAUAUCCGACGAACCCGAGACCUUCGUCGUUCCCGCCGUGAUAUCCGAUGCCUCCGGCCGCGAAGUCCUUACCGCCGAGCUCAUGACCGGCACCGGCGUCGCCAAACUCCCCUCCCUCGCCCAGGACAGGCGCGACUGGAUCGGCACGCAGAUCCUGCGCCUCUGCCUGCGCGAAAUUACCGAGUUCAAGUUCAUGCAGACAGAUCCGAACUGGACGAACUUUUUGUAUAACCAGGAUACCCAUAAGCUUGAGCUUCUUGACUUUGGCGCUAGUAGAGACUACCCGGACCAUUUCAUUGAUCCAUACGUGCGCGUCUUGAUCGCUGCCUCUAAAGAUGAUAAGGAGAGCAUUCGCGAUCUCUCCAUCCAGCUGGGGUACCUGACGGGCCACGAGAGCCAGAAGAUGCUAGACGCGCACAUUGCGUCUGUUUUGACGCUCGGUGAGCCGUUUGGCGCCACGGCGCCUGAGACGUACGAUUUCAGGGACCAGACGAUUACAGAUCGGGUGCGGGAGUUGAUCCCGACGAUGGUGAGGGAGAGGCUGGCGCCGCCGCCGGAGGAGACGUAUAGUCUGCAUCGGAAACUGAGUGGGGCGUUCUUAUUGUGUGCGAGGCUGGGGGCGAGGGUCAGAUGUAGGGAGUUGUUCGAGAAUGCGGUUAGGACGUGGGAGAGAAGGGCUUGA